CAAUGUCAAAACCCUAUAUAAAAUCCUAAGCUUUGGCCUGGUGCCAGCAGCUUUAGGGUUUGCCUCGGGAACCUCAAGGCUAGGGUUUGACCCAAGUGCUUUUGAGCUGCCUUCGAGCUGCUCCUCCUCGCAAAAUUCCAGCCAGUUUUUGAAGGCGAUGGCAGCUAAAAUUGGGCGCCAAUUUCUUCAAGAACUGUUGUAAAGGGUGGAGUGAGACGUCAUGGCUCCUUCGAAGGAAGCGGAGACGUGGGACGAGGGCUGGGAUCUUGACGACGAUGACGCCAAUGAAGAGGCGGGGCUUCUCGCUUCAGAAGAGGAGGCCAUUCAGCAGCUCAGAGCAGAGCCGAUUCAAGUCACCUCCCUGGUCCAGCAACAAUACCGGAAGGAGAUGGAGAAGAAGCGAACGAAGCUCCUGGUGGCGCUCAUCGUCCCAGUCCUGCUCAUCGUUCUUGUGUGGAACCUGCUGGGGGGGGGGACGUCUAGUAAUCUGCACAAGACUGCACAGAACUGCGUAACUGGGGCUUACGACCUGCCAUACGAGCUGGAGAUGAUGGUGUGCUCCGACAUGAGCCUCGAGGAGAAGGUCGGCCAAAUGAUGCUGCCGGCCCGAAACUGGAUCAACCCAAACGGCAGUGACGUCACUAAUUACUUCCUGGGCGGGGUCCUUUCGGGUGGCGGCUCUGUGCCCUCCGAAGGAAACGAGCCGAGCAAAUGGGCCGAUAUGGUGGACACGUUUCAGAGAGCGAGCUUGAAAACGCGGCUGCGCAUACCCAUGAUCUACGGCAUCGAUGCGAUUCACGGCCACAAUACCGUCUAUGGCGCGACUAUCUUCCCGCACAACGUCGGCCUGGGAGCGACGAGGAACGCCUCCCUUGUAGGAAUGAUUGGUCGGGCGACCGCUUUGGAAGUACGAGCGACGGGGAUCCCUUGGACCUUUGCCCCUUGCGUUGCUGUUUGUCGGGACCCCCGGUGGGGAAGAUGCUACGAAAGCUAUAGCGACGACACGGCUCUGGUCACCGCUCUGGGCGGGGCCCUCAUCGACGGGUUGCAGGGCUCGCUCUCCGGCCCCGCGGAUUUUGUUGCCGCCACCGCCAAGCAUUUCCUUGCGGACGGAGGUACCACUAAAGGGAAGGACGAGGGGGACGCAAAAGGCAGCGACGCCGACCUUCGUCGCCUCUUCCUCCCCCCCUACAUCGAGGCCGUGAAGCGCAACGUACUGUCGAUCAUGCCGUCGUACAGCAGCUGGAACGGAAUCAAGAUGCACGCGAAUAAGCACUUGUUGACAGACCUACUGAAAAAGGAGCUUGGGUUCAAGGGUUUUCUGGUGUCAGAUUGGGGCGCCAUCAACCAGCUACCGCAGAGCACGGACGCCUUGCGGCUUUACGACUCAAUAAAUGCGGGUGUCGACAUGGUAAUGAUGGGCGACAGGGAGCGGUUGCAAGACGUCAUCCGUGACCUCAUCGCGGGGGUCAAGGGCGGACACGUGUCGGACGCGAGGAUAGACGACGCGGUCAAGCGGAUUCUUAGAGCGAAGGUAAAAGUGGGCCUUUUCGAGCACGCCUUUGCAAACCGCACGCUCCUCUCCCAAGUGGGCACCCACCGCCAGCUGGCGCGCGAGGCCGUCCGCCAGUCCGUUGUCCUUCUGAAGAAUGGAAUGAGGACGGAGCGGAACGGAACGAACGGAACAGCGGGGAGCGAGCGGGUCUUGCCGCUCAGGAAAGAUGGAGUGAAGACUUUGGUGGCGGGGAGAAGCGCCGACGAUAUCGGAAGGCAGUGCGGAGGCUGGACGCUGACGUGGCAAGGGGCGAGCGGAAACACAGUACCUGGAACCACGAUACUUCAAGCGGUCAAGUCCGCCGUCUCCAACAGCAGUUCCGUUGUGUACGACAAGGACGUCAACGGAACGGUUCCGCCGGCGGACGUCGGAAUCGUGGUCGUGGGCGAGAACCCGUACGCCGAGUAUUACGGGGACGAUCCGAAGCUGGAGCUGAACGGAACGGAUCCUGCGGUGGUCCGGAAAGUGUGUGGCGCGAUGCCGUGCGUCGUGGUUCUUGUUACCGGUGAGUGA